AUGGCCCCCGAACCACCACGCCCCUCAGCAGACCAGCACUCACCGCAGUCCCCCAUUGACCCUAUCUCAAGAGUAUACACCGCUCCUCCUUCUCCGUCUCGUGUGCUCUUCGCUAACCUACGUCGACAGCAAAUCUUCGAGCGUACCCAGUCCUACUACAAGCAUAACUCGGCUGCGGCUCAUGUCUCUUCCGGCCCAUCCGAGCCGUCGCUUGCUCGGUCCAACACGGACAAUACAUCUCUCCGACGAGUGGACAGUGCUGCCAGCAGCAAGGCGACAAAAGACAAGAAGAAGGGAGUCUCGUUCCUGAGUCGGAUAAUGGGCAGCAAGAAACGCGACGAUACUGUCGACGUUUUUGACAUCCCCGAGAUAUCCGACAACCGUUCCAAUGGAAACGACGCCGAACUCUUCUCCAACCCCGUCGGUUUCAUCCCCAGGUUCCCCACCCCACCCAGAUACAUCAAAGUCAAAGCGCAGAACCGCCGAUCCCGAGACUUCGACCGUCUGUUCUUAGCCCAGAUCCUCCUCGACAACGAAAAGAAGGCCCGUCUUCGCCGAGGAUCCAUUGACUCGAAGAUUCAUGGCAUCGAUGAUACACCUCACCUCCCCCCACCAGACAGUCGUGCCUCGAACAAGGCCAUAUGGGCUCUGGAGUUCUCCCAAGAUGGGAGGUACAUGGCUGCCGCUGGCCAGGAUAAGAAACUCAGAGUCUGGGAAGUCAUCUCGGCUGCAGAGGACCGCGAGCAUGAUGAGAGGGAUCCUGGUAGUGCUGAAGGUGAGGGCGACAAUCUUCGCCUCAACGCCCCUGUCUUCAAGCAGCAGCUGGUCCGAGAGUACGAUGGCCAUACCUCAAGUCUACUCGAUCUCAGCUGGAGCAAGAACAACUUUCUCCUUUCCUCCUCUAUGGACAAGACGGUACGACUGUAUCACAUCAGCCGCGCUGAAUGCCUUUGUGCCUUUAAGCACAGUGAUUUCGUCACCUCGAUCCAAUUCCACCCCAGGGAUGACCGCUUCUUCUUGGCCGGUUCGCUAGAUUCCAAAAUCCGACUUUGGAGUAUUCCCGACAAGACGGUUGCAUAUUCGCAGCAGGUCUCCGACAUGGUCACGGCUGUCGCAUUCACGCCAGAUGGCAAGACUUCCAUCGCCGGUUGUCUAAAUGGUAUGUGCAUUUUGUACGAUACAGAAGGUUUGAAAGCCCAUUCACAGAUUCACGUCAAAUCAUCACGUGGCAAGAAUUCGAGAGGCAGCAAGGUCACAGGCAUCGACACCAUCUCAAUCCCUCGGCCAAACGGUCCUCCUGACGUCAAGCUGCUUAUCACAAGCAACGAUUCACGCAUACGAAUGUACAAUCUGAAGGACCGGACUCUCGAGGUCAAAUUUCGGGGCCAUGAGAACUCCUGCAGUCAGAUUCAUGCCUCUUUCAGCGAUGAUGGGAAAUUUGUGAUUUGCGGGAGCGAGGACCGCAAGGUCUACAUUUGGCCCACGGGCCCAGUUGAGCGAUCAGAGAGUGAUAAAAGACCAGUGGAAGUCUUCGAAGCCCACUCGAGCAUUGUUACGUCAGCGGUUCUUGCAUCCACCAAGACGAGGAAACUGCUUGCACAAUCUGGAGACCCCUUGUUCGACCUGUGCAACCCGCCUCCUGUGACUCUGGUCAGCCGCACAGAGUCGAUAGUGUCUUCCAGAGCCCCGACCCACGCCAGCACCACCUCGGACGAGCGUCCUCCUGCUUCGGGGUCUCCGAGGCGGGCAUUGGAAACACCAGCCUAUCGAGCCAGACAAGCACACCCUGGUGGACACAUUAUCGUGACCGCUGACUACUCGGGGCAAAUCAAGGUUUUCCGGCACGACUGCGCGUUCUUGAAGCGAAGGCAGGAAUCGUGGGAUGCCAACUCCAGUCUAUCAAAGAAGAUGCUGGCGAGAAGUGGUUCAGUUACGACACGGAAUUCGGUUGGCUCUUCGAUACAUCGCACAUCCAUCAACCUAGGCUCAAAGAACCAGUCGGCAGACCGAAUCCUGAGUUGGCGCAACUCGAUAUCUGGAACUGCUGCCAGCGCUUCAAAUAGCCUGUCAGAGGUAAAUUUGCGAGCGAGCUUCACCGAUGACCCCCCACGCAGCGUAUCUCCGAGUAAAAAGUGGCAUCAUCGCCUGUCGCUGCGCCAGUCACCAAGAGCUACACCCCUCACACAAUCUACCUCACCGCCAUCUCCUGCUCGACUGCCCCAAGUUGAAAUCCAGGCGCCUGAUUCACCUGGUUCGUUUCAUUCGGCCAAAUCACCCCCACGACAACGACCCGAGGAUCUUCGCCCACUCCCAUCUAACCCUACGAGUCGCGACCUCCCUCAUUCUGGCAACGACCUCUUCUUGAUGGACGGAGGACAGUCCAUGCUGGCGUGGAAUGUUGAGCAGAAUAUUGUCCCUAUGGCCAAUCGAACACCACGAACACCUGGUCUUCUCGGUCCGGGAUCGAAUCCCAUGUCGAGAACAAACAGUAUGAUCAGCGAGCUUAGUAGCGAACUGAUGAGUUCGGAAGGCUCUCAACGUGAGGCCGUGUCCCGACGUCCGAGCAAGGUGGACUCGGCAAAGAGCGAUGCCGAAGAUGACUUGAAAUGCUCACGUUGUGGUAACACGACGUUCAGGGCGACUAUGGGAGAUACCGGCCAUCGGCUGCGAUGUAAAAAAUGUGGCACUAUGCUGUGA